GUCACCGAAACCGCCGGCACCAUGAGCCUCGUCGUCGAGACGAAGCGUGUGAGUGCCAAGAUGGAGCUCGGGCCAGCGCCGCCGCCUCGCCACAAGGCGCCGCUGGCGUUGCCCGAGUUUGACGACAGCGACAGCGACGACGAUAGCCAUGCGCUGGAGGACAUUCCGCCGGUCAUCGAGACGAGCUCCAACAACCAGAGCGACUUCAAGUGGGACGGUAUCAGCGACAUUCAGAUGCUCAAGCACCAAAAUGCAGAGCUCGUGGCGGCCAUCAAGAGCCAAAAGCAGCAAAUCAACGAACUGCAGCUUUUACUCGAGGCCAUGGAGCCCGUACCAGGCCUCGACGUGGACUCGUUCAAGGAUAUUCUCCAAGGCUCCGAGAUCGUCGACCAUGACAUUCGCAACGUCAAGAUCGUACACCAAGCCAAGAAGCUCCGCCAGGCGACGCUGGCCUACAACAAGGAAAAGUCCCGCGUGGCGGCCGCCAGUGCCAAGAUGGCCGAAUUGGAGCGUGCGGUCGAGGCGGCGCAGACACUGCAGGGCAAAGCCGAGCGCGCGUUGCAGCGACUUCAACAACUGCCUCGACCCGAGGCGGCGAAGAAGGUGCCGUCGCCCGAGAAGGAAAUCGCUGCGUCCAAGAAGCUCGAGGAGCUCAAGCUCAAGUGCGAGGCGCAAGCGGUCGAACUCAAACGCACGCAGCGCGCCCUCCAGCGCGAAGUGGGCGACGACAUAGCGCUGAGCGAGAUUCUCGAUGCGAGCGACAGCGGGAAGCGAGGCCGCGCCCAGCAAAUCGUGAUGCUCAAAGCCAAAAUAAAAAAACUCGAACGCGCGAAUCCAAGUCCUCUCGACGCGCCACGGGAUGUCGAUCGCAAGGCCGAAGACGACCUCGCCGCGACAAAACUUGAGCGCCAAAAGCAAAUCGACAAGCUCCUCGACGACAGCAAUGCACUGCGCGAGAGCCAUGAGAAACUACAGAAAAAAUACGACUCGACGAAAGCCCGCCUCCACGUGUUUGAAAAGGACGCGAGCAAGAGCAAGGUCAAGAUCAGCGUGCUACUCGAGAAAUCCAAGAACGACGACCUCCUCAUCGACCGCCUCCAAAGCGAACUAGAAGCAAAAAAGCCCGGACCGAGCUCGCGGGCCCGCACGGCUGACAGCAAACCGCUCGACGCCAAUGAACUCGAAGCACUCAAACUCCUCUGCAAGGACCAAAAGCGACAAGUUGAGAUACAUCCAACGUGCUACGAACUGAUGCAGUAG